UUCAAAUAUUUGGCAACACCAAGAAAAGAUCAGCUGUUCGUGUUAAAUUUAGUUUAAAAUUUCUACAUGGAAAUGUUUUCCUUUUUUUACAAUAUUGUAUAUCAAGAUUAGCAACAAGUGAAAAUGGAAGACGCAGAACUUACGCGGUUGGCCAUAGCAGAAAUUGUGCGUGAAAUGGGAGAACUCAAGGAACCCCAAGUGCAAGAGAGAAAAAUAAAUCCGAUCGCAAAGCCCAAUAAGCGCUUCCUUGGACGCACAUUGAACUCUGUGUUAUCGCAUAACAAGCGUGAAAAUGAUCGAACUCAGGAAAACUGUAGAAAGAAGUUGAAGGAACUCGACGAAAGGCGCAAUGAAAGUAAACCAAUGAGGUCCAGUAAUCGCUCUGCCAGUCGUGAACUUGUAUUGAGUACGUCCACAGAUGAGGAUCGUACCAAAUACUUAAAAAAAAGUAGGAAAAGAGAUAAAAAAUCAAAAUCUAAAAAAUAUAAGAAACGGAAAAGAAGAGAUGAAAGUAAAAAACGUAAAUCUAGUAGAUAUGAUAGCAGCGACAGUUGCAGCAGUAGUAGUCGUAGUACAAGUCGUAGUCGAAGUCGCAGUAAAAGUCGCAGUAGAAGUGGUAGAAGUCGUAAAACAUACAAAGACCUGAAAUCACGUGUGAACGUGAAUGAAGAAGAAGGUGAACAUACGCAUUGUGAGCCUGAUAUGGAUGCUGCCCUACAAUUAGAAGCAGCUUUAAUGAAUAAUAGCUAUAGACAACAUCAAAUACAUCAACUUUUAUAUUAUAGUGCCCUUAUGGCGGGCAACGAAACUCCCGGAAUUGAUGCCUUGCAGGAGGAAUUGCAAAUAAGUGACGCGGAUAUCUUGGAACCGCAAGUAGAUAUAAAAUCUAUUUCAAGCGCAGUCUCAAAUUUAGAAGAAAGUGACUCCGAAACUAGUGAAAUUUUGCAAAUAAGUUUAUCCUCAGCUACGUCCACUAGUAGUAAAGUUCGAAGUAGUAAAAACUUGCGGAGAAAGAAUGUGAAAGAAAAGGAGAGUAAAAAGAAGAGCGAAUUAAGUGACAGUUCCAGUGGAGUUAUCUGGGAACUGGAUUCGGAAAGUUCAAAAGGUUGUACCUACUCAAAGGAAGAAAAUCUCAAUGAGAAACAGGAAUCAAAUAAUGAAUGCAUCUGUAUAGGUUCGGAAACUGACACGGAUACAGAUAACGAAACUGAUUCGGAUAAUACGACUAGCGACACAGAAAGCGGAUCGGAAAAUGCGACUAAUGUACCUAACAAUGUUUGUCAUACUGCGACGGAAACUGUUACUCUAUUGAGUUCGUCUGACAGUGAAGUUGAAAUCGUGGCUGAUAGCAAUGCCAAUUCGCCUGCACAAAAAGGCAUUGGCAUAGACUCGGCAGCAAUAGCGGCGUAUUCAACAGCAAAUUUAUUAAAUUCACUAGAAAAUGUUACUGAUACCGAUGCUUUGCCUUCACUAGUAAAAGACACAACAGACAACAGAGUUUUAAAUGUGUCUACCAAGUUGGUUUUUACAUCUCCACAGCAAACCACAACAAAUCCUAUAAGAGAACCGUCAAUGGAAGGCGUAGCUAAAGAGUCAGCACAUGUAAUAGAUCCGCGGACAUCCUUUACAAUUUCCACUGAGUGUAUACUGUCAGAUGCCCUAGCUUCAGCCACAAAUGUAAACGUGAUUACUGCCGAGAGUAAAUCAACAAUAGAAGACGUCACAAUAUUAUCGGCGGACAUAGACAAAUGCGCAACGGAAUCUCAACCGCCUACAAAAAGAAUGGGCUUAGAGCACGCGCAAAAGGAAGAAGCGAUUGUGGAAGAAUCAGAGUCUGUGGAAGACUCGGCAUCUCAACCGCCUACGGAAAGAAUAUGUUUAGAGCAAGCGCGAAAGGAAGAAGUGAUUGUGGAAGAAUCAGAGUCUCUGGAUGACUCGGAAUCUCAACAGACUACAGAAAAGAUAUGCUUAGAGGGCGCGCAAAAGGAAGAAGCAAUUGUGGAAGAGUCAGAGUCACUGGAAGACUCGGAAUCUCAACCGCCUACAGAAAGAAUAUGCUUAGAGCUAGCGCAAGAGGUAAACACUACGAUUGUGGAAGAAUUAGAGUCGCAGGAAGGCUCGGAAUUUCAACAGGCUACAGGAAAAAUAUGCUUAGAGCAAUCGCAAGAGGUAAACACCACGAUUUUGGAAGAAUUAGAGUCUCGGGAGGAAACCACCGCAAUCACAGUGACUAAUGAGUCAUCGAAUAGUAAUAUAAUUGCUACAGGCUCUGCAUCAUCAUUAGGAAAUGUCACAAUAUCCUCGGUAGAUAUAGGCAAAUUAGCAUUAGAAUCUUUGACCACGGCAUACUCAGAAGAAACUAAGCAAACAAAAGGGACUACCCCUGAUGUAGAUCUAUCAGUAUCGGAAUCGAACUGUGGUGAAGUUGCGAUGGAAUCAAUGGGCGUAGCAGUAGCCAAAACUCCCCUGAAUUUAUCAAUCUCAGAUAAUUCAGAUUCUUCAUGUAACUCUUCUUCGGAAACGUCAGCUUCACCACUUCCAACAGAUUUAGAGUCAGAUGCAAUCCAAAAUGAAAAUAAAUCCGGAAUCGUUCCGUCUGAGUUGUACGACAGACAAGUUUCCUCUUUAGAUAAUUUACCGAAUUCUGCGCCUUCCUGAUUAACCAUCAUUAAGUCACAAUUCGUUCUACCUGAAGAAUCAAUCGCAUUGCAGUGUAGUAUAUUUAUGAAUGUAUUUAUCUAUUUAGUAAAAUGGUAUAUUUAAAAAUUAAAUAUCGUUUGAUUAAAAUAUUGCUGCUUAACAGUUUCAAUAAAAAAUUAUUUAUUCAAGUAAUUCCUAGGAAAAGUGGUGGAAAAUCCGCUACAGAAGUACAUACAUAUGUACAUAUGUAUGCAUGUGGAAAAUAGCAAUUUCUUCUCGGGAUUUCGAAGGAACAACUCGUCUGAAAGUGCAGCAAAUU